CCGGCGCUGAUUCGCUGGGCCGCUCGAAUGACGUCAGUUACUGUGACAGCUAGAGGAGUGCGCAGUUUGUAGUUGUGAUCUGUGUCACGGACGCACCUGAGAGGAGGCAGCUGUCAGAGAGAGAAAUCACCAUGUCUUCAGAUGAUUUUGUACCUCAGAAGGGGGACAGUACGUCCUCAAAACUGCUCAAGAAGACCAAGGAGUCUCCCUUUGUCCCAAUAGGAAUGGCUGGCUUUCUGGGUGUGGUGGCCUAUGGCCUGUACAGAAUUCGCAGCAGAGGGCAGCAGAAGAUGUCUGUGCACAUUAUUCACACCAGGGUGGCUGCUCAGGGAUUCGUGGUUGGUGCUAUGACCUUUGGUGUCCUAUAUUCCAUGUAUAAAGAAUACAUCAAGCCACGUUUCAGUGAUGACUAAGAGUCUCCUCCAGUGGAAUGUCCACAACUUGCUCCCUACAUCAGACCUUUAUAUUUGGGAGUUGCUAGACACUCGUGCCACAAUAAGGAAUUGCACUGUAACUAGUAGUGAUGCACCCAAUCCUGACUUCUCUCUUACACUUAAGCCCCAUUUGCAGCAUUUAGGUCAGUCUGAAUCCUUAUAGUUUGGCUGAAUCCAAACCCUUUACCUGUGUGACUUCAAAGAAGUUGUUCAGUGUACAAACAGAAUAUUUGUUUAUAGAAUGGUGUGAUUUUGCGCAAACACCAAAAUGCAGUUUAGGGUUUGGGUUCAGUUUAAUAUUUGGCCAAAUCUUUUGUGAAACAUUCAGUAAACAUGAACCUGUGGAUUCUGUGCACUCCUAUAAGAUAGUAAUCGUGUGUAUUUAACCACAUCUCCCAGAUUUCUAGAACGAAUUGUAAUGCUCACAAUAACUCCCAACCCCAUCCCAAAUAAUGAUCUGAGCUGCCUUAUGUAGGGAUGUGUUCCAUUUGAUUUCAGUAAGACUAAUGUCACACUAGAUUAGAAGCACUUUGUAGCUGCAACUUUUCUUAUGGAAAUAGUUCCAAGAAUGGACAAACAGCAUGCCUUUAGAUCAGUGAUCCCCAACCAGUGACUCGUGAGCUACAUGUUGCUCUCCAACCCCUUGGCUGUUGCUCCCAGUGGCCCCAAAGCAGGUGCUUAUUUUUGAAUUCUUGGCUUGGAGGCAACUUCUUGUUCCAUAAAAACGAGAUGUACUGCCAAACAGAGUCUUCUGUAGGCUGCCAGGUCAGAUAGGCCAAUCAGAGGCCAUAUUUGGUAUCCCCAGGAACUUUUUGCAUGCCUAUGUUGCUCUCCAACAUUUUUUCCAUCUGAAUGUUGCUCACGGGUGAAAAAGGUUGGGGACCCCUGUUUUAGAUUGUAAGUGCUUGUCAGCUCCCCCAGACCCCAUUUUAUUCUGUAACCCUUGUUUGAUAAUUAUUGUAAGACCCCAAUUUGUUAUAAAUAAAGAUGGUCAUGGUUUUAGAUCUGCUAUCAGUGCAGCAAAUCCAGUUUCACCCUCAGAAGCAAUUGGUGACCAUUCAUUAGGAAAGCAACAAUCCACUAUUUCGGAUUGAAUCCUGAACCCUUUGUGAAAGAUUCAGCCGAAUACUGAACUGAAUCCUAAUUUGCAUAUGUUUUCCCCUUCCUACCCCUAAACAUAUGCAAAUUAGGGGUGGAAAGGGGAAAACAUUUUUUACUGCCUUGUUUUGUGACAAAAAGUGACGUGAUUUCCCUCCCCGCCCCUAAUUUGCAUAUGCAAAUUCGGAUACAGUUCGGCCGGACAGAAGGAUUCGGCCGAAUCCUGGAUUCGGUGCAUCCCUACCAUUCAUGUUUUGCCAUUUCUACUUUUAUGGAGAAAAGUUGCAACUACAAAUUGCUGUGUGACAUAAGCUUUAAGUUUCUUACAUCACAUUUGCUAUGCACAAGAUAUUAAAGGACCCAUGCUAGCACUAAGCUUGGGUUGUCUACUAAUGUAGGUAAGUAUCGUUUUUAAUUAUGUAUACCCCCUCCUUAGUAUUAAGCAUAUAAUUGAAGUGAGGGUUCAGGCUAGACAGUCACUUUAUUUUUACAUUAUAUCUCAAUUUACAAUUAAAUAUAUAUAGAAUAUAUGUGUUCAAAUCUAUAAAAGUAUUCCAGGCAUAUUCAGUUUAGGCAGUUAAUAUCAUAUGGAUUUAACCCUUUGGGGAUCAGUGUGUCUAAUAUAAAAUCCCAAAAAGGGCGUAUAACAACUUUUCUAAAUGGAAUUUGCACAUGUUCUAUGACCUUUACACUGAGAACUUCUAUACCUAUUCUAUAACUAUUUUAUACCUAUUCUAUAUCUAUUCUAUACCUAUUGGAGUAAAGUGUCUACCUAUUGUCUGUCCGGUGUUUUUUCAUCUCUUUAUUUUCCAUUUUAAUUGUAAAUUGAGAUGUAAUGUAUUGAUUAUGUUGCAAAUUUCAUUCUGUCCUAUAGAGGUCACUGUUUUGUAACGCUAUAUAACAUAUAAUGAUCUCAUUUUGAGCCUAUGAUUAAGGGCAUGUCGCCAGAAACACAUUAGGCCCUUUGUUUUUAAUUACUUUUAUCCUAGAGUGCCGCUCUUAUCUAAACUUCCAAGUGAACAGCAGUAGAACAAAACUGGAGACACUCUACUUUUCCACCUGUCGCCCAGUAUCUGUUACCUGUAACCCCUUUGUUCUCCAAAAGAUUCACCCCACUCUUGCUUGAGAGUUUGCCGGUGUUUGCUGGGAUACUGGCAGCAGCAGCUGGGACGCCAUUUGUUGAGGAUGCCUAGUUAAUUCAUUGUAUCUCUUCUGCACUAGAGCUUUUGUCUCAUUUAUUUUAGUAAAAUGUUUUUUAAUCCAA